CGUGAUUCGAGACCGUGGAUCCAAUAGUCUUUGCUUCCUAAAAUGAUCUAGUGGAUCUUAAUAACAUUGUCAAAUAAAGUUACGAAGUUUGAUGACUUCAUACACAUUUUGACCUAAGUCUUUGACAUGCUCUGAAGCUAAAAAGCGGUCUUAAUUUGCUAUUUUGCAAGUUAAAGGUGGUUAGGUAUAUUGUGGAGCCACAAUGCCCAAAUAUAAUUACUUUAAAUGUGUUUAGAAAAUUAUUGUAAAGUUGUCAAAGUUAUGUUUAAAAAAUGGGCUGUGUUUGCUGUUCCCUAAGUUCCUUCGUAUCCAUCGUGCUAGAUGCCCUCGAGAGGAUAUCACUAUGCACCGUAUGCGCGUUGCUAACUUGUUGUUUGUUGUUCACGAUAUUAGCCGUAAUGGUUUUGGGCAUUGGAAUUGGUUACCACUACUGUACCGUCGCGAAUUCUGUGGAAUCUAUGGCAAAGGCCGCCAAAGCCGCGGGUGCUCUAAGAUCAGGAGGCGGACCCGCCACACCUGGACACGUCAUGCGAUCACUUGACAAGGCGGUGAAGCGCGGAUUUGCUCACAGGCUGUCCCGGCGGGAAAUGAACGGCACCGAAGUUUCCAAUCAGAAUUUGAAUACCACUGAAGUUUAUAACCAAAACAUCACCAGGUUUAUUGAAAGAUUAACUCCAAAUAUUACGAGUACUUAGAUCAACUCCGUCAAUAAAAUAAUUCCAUUUUCAAAUA